AUGACCGCCACCAUGACCUCGUGCACCUUUUGCGUCAUCAGCGCGCGCCUGCUGUACAAGCAAUUCCUGAGCGCUAGGAGAGCCAUCGACUACGAGGACUGGUCCCUCAUUGCCGCCGUCCUCAUCGGGCUGCCCAGUGUCUUCAUCAGCGUCUUCUGCCUCACCGCCAACGGCAUGGGCCGGGACGUCUGGGGCCUGCAGCACCCCAGCCUGGUCACCACCCUGUACUACCUGUACAUCAACUCCAUCCUCUACGUCGUCCUCAUGAUCCUGAUCAAGCUGAGCCUGACCUUCUUUUACCUCAACAUCUUCUUCGGGCGGAUCCGCAUCCUGCUCUGGGCUACGGUGGUCUUUCACGUCAUCAGCGCGACCGUGUACGUGCUCGGCGUCGUUUUUCAGUGCCUGCCGAUCGGCUACGCGUGGGAAAAGUUUGACUACGCAAAGGACGAGCCCGCCCACGGACACUGCUUGAACAUCAACGUGGCGGGGUGGGUGAACAGCGGGAUCAGCGUGGCGGCUGAUAUCUGGCUUCUGUCGCUUCCCCUGAGCCAGCUGCACAAGAUGCGACUGCACUGGAAGAAGAAGCUGGGGGCUACUCUAAUGUUCAUGACGGGUGCAAGCGUGACACUAAUCUCGUGUCUGCGACUUGCGUCUAUUCGAAACUACGCAACAACCUCGAAUCCCACUUGGGAUCAGUGGGAUAUUCUGUGGUGGUCGACUGUUGAAGUCGAGGUCGGCCUCAUCUGCAUUUGCCUGCCGACUAUACGCCUGAUCUUUAUCAGAAUCGCGCCGCGGAUCUUUGGAUCUGAGUCUAGUAGUGUCUCGUACGUACCAGAAGAAAGUCACGCGUAA